CCUCGUUGUCAAUCAUAUAUCACUCAUCUUGCUACCCUGCCUACAUAAUAGAUGACCACACGGACUCAUCUUAGCUGAAGGAUCCUUCUGUUUAUCACUCUUACUAUCACAUAAACUUAUUGCUUCUCUUACUUCAUAUUCAACCCGUAUCCGCUGGGACUGGGGAAACAGAUAAACUUCAGUUCCUUCUCACCAACAUCGCCACUCAGUUGAAAAGGUCUUGGAAUACGGCAGCUUCGACUCGCUUCUCUCGGUAACGACAGGACAGCUCAACCCCAGCCAAGUUCAGUCGUGGCUUCCGUGACCCGACGUUGUCUUUGUCAGAUCAGAAUAUUGUUGGGAAGGCGCGACCUGUUAACAGGAGGUGGAUUCUUCGACCAAGUUUUCUCCUCACCCCACCAUCAUCUCCGACAACUACAUCCAGGCACGACCCAGGGAUGGCAACAUCAUCGCCGCCGUCCAUGGACGGCAUGUCACCCGUUUAUGAACUCAAGAUCCGUCAACAGCCCAAGAAUGCGCGCGUAGCCAUCGGGAAAGAAAAAGACAGAAAGCCCAUCGAUCCCCCUCCCAUCAUCCAGCUCGAUAUCCACCCUAUGCGCCAUCAAAUACACAACCCUUAUCUGAUUCUCGUUUGCAGGCUUGUCGCUCCAGGUAGUACUGAGAACGACGAGGCCAACCACCAGCAACCCGAGCCCAAGGACAACGACCUAACGGGCUCCCUUUGCUCGUCUCCCUACGUUCUCAAGGACACCAACAAUGCCCAAGGCCUCUUCUUCAUCUUCCAGGAUGUCUCCGUGCGCCGAGAAGGCACCUAUCGCCUCGAAUUCAACCUCUUUGAGCUCAAGCCUCUAACCAGGGAGUGCAUCGCCUUAGCCAGGACCACCUCCGACAAGUUCGUCGUGUUCCCACAUCGGUAUUUCCCCGGAAUGGCCGAGAGCACCUUCUUGACAAGGUCGUUCAGCGAUCAGGGCGUGCGCAUCCGACUACGCAAGGACAGCCGAAGCGUCAGCACGCGCAAGAGGGGUGUCAGCGCAUUAGGAGUCGGAGCAGGCAGCGGUGGUGUCGUAGGACGUCUGCGGACUGGCUCAACGAUAGGUCUAGGCGGACAACAAUACUCGCCCAUCACCAUCUCCCACCACUCCCAGUCCCACGGUAGCGGCGGUAGCCACGAUGAGCUCUCCCCAACGAGCACCAGCCCGAUCCACCGCAUCAACACCACCCUAGCCGGCCAUCACCACCACGACCUCAUCCCUGGCAUCGGCCACUUGGAUCGCGGCCAACACCACCGCGGCUCACUAGCCUCCCAGGCUUCCUCAAGCCUCCUCGACUCUCCCUCAAACACAAUGCUCACCUCCCCCACCGUCACGGGCGUAGGCGGCUUCGGCGCCUCCACAGCCACAACAAUGGGUGGUAGCGGUAACUACUCCUUCACCGGCGUCGCCGCCGCGCAGCAGUACUCCUACCCCGGCACAGCCCUCGGUCUGACCACCGGCAUCACCGCCGAUGAUCGGUACUACGAUUACAACAGGGCUGGCAAGCGGCCUAGACUGUUGCAUGGCACCGGGGUGGAUGAUCCGCUUGAUCAUUCCUAUGGGAGAGACCCUUAUGGUCGGGAUCCCUACGAUCAUCAUCACCGCGGCGUGGUCGGCAGCGUUACGCUACCGCCCCAUACUCAAGGGUAUGCGACGAUGGAUGCUGCGCAUGGGUAUGGCCAUGGACGGCAUCAUGAUUAUUAUGGGGCUACGGCUACGGGGGCUUACUUUGGGUCGGGGAUGUGAACUACUCAUCGAUCCUGCUAGUGAGCGUUGAAGGUUGCUCUGGUUGGUGAAAGUGGCUUGUUGGUGCUCUUCGCUUCUUGAC